AUUCAUUUGUCUCAACUAUAUAGUAAGUAGUGGUGGUGAAUGGUGAAAGCUGACGCAAACAUAUCGACGAAAACAUACAUAGAUAGAUCCUCAUCCAAAUUCCAAAACCCCAAUUUUGCAAUUGAAGAGAAUCGAUUAUUAGUGUGUGUGAAGAAAAUGGAAGUGGGUGUAGGUUUUGAUGAGAACGAUUACUUGUCAUGUUGUGGAAGCACCAAAUUCGCCAAGGAAAUGGCUGCUGCCUCUCCUUUCCCUUCCUACCACCGUGCUCUCACCGUUGCUAAACACAUUUGGUUCAACAUAGUUGAUGUCAAUGGUUGGCUUCAAGCUUUCUCUGCCCAUCCUUCCAUUGGUCAACCUCGUCCUCCUUCUCAUGCUUCUGCAACAAGUGCUGAGUGGAGUAUAGGAGAACAAUCAACUGCUUUAGCAACUUCUACUGCUUCUAGUUUACAGGAACUAGCUGAAUGGAAUGCUCGGUAUAUGCAAAAGUUUGGGUUUGUAUUUCUUGUAUGUGCAUCUGGGAGAAGUACUGAAUCGCUACUUGCUGAACUAAAGAGACGCUAUGCAAACAAACCGAUUGUUGAAUUUGAGAUUGCAGCUCAGGAGCAAAUGAAAAUUACAGAACUUCGCCUUGGAAAGCUCUUUACAAGUAAAAAAAACAUAUCUUCUACAACUGAUACUAAUUCCAUUGCUGUUGCUCAAAGUCAAAGGGCAGAAGAAGUUCGUGUAAGCAUUAUUGGUGGUCAUGUGACUGCUGCUGCUUCAAACACUUUAACAGGAAAAUCAAUCCAAAAUACAUCUAGAACCCGCCCAGCUAUUACCACUCACGUGUUGGAUGUUUCGCGGGGAUAUCCAGCUCCUGGAAUUGAGGUACUUUUGGAGGUGUGGAGGGGAAGUCAAGCUGGACCGACAUUUGGGAUUACAGAUGGUGGCGGUUGGGUGGUUCUAGGGUCUUCGACAACUGACUCCGACGGUCGUAGCGGUCAACUGAUGGACAUAGUUGAUGAUGUGGAUCCAGGGAUAUACAGGUUAACCUUCAACACUGGGAAGUACAAUCCAACUGGUUUCUUUCCAUAUGCAACUAUUGUGUUUGAAAUCCUAGAGUCGCAGAAAAGGGAACAUUUUCAUGUUCCUCUGUUGCUUUCACCAUUUUCAUUCAGCACUUACCGUGGAAGCUAGAAGAAAUAUGGGAAUUGUUGCCCUAUCAAUGCAUUCAUUACAUGCAUUGAAUAUCUAGAAGUUUUCAUGAAAGUGGAUUAGUAUUUGUGGUGUUUUGCUUAAUGUAAUGCCCAUACUGUAUAGGAUAAUAAUUGAGUCUUGAAAUGUUUUUAAUAUAAGCAAGGGUCUAUGAUUUAUAAUUUUAUA